AUGUCUCAACUUUUCGCUGGAAAACCUUUGUUGAAGAAAGUAGGUGAGGAAGCUCAAGAAAUUGAUGGAGGCGAUGCAUUGAAAGAUAAAGUAAUAGGAUUGUAUUUCUCAGCCAUGUGGUGUCCAUCCUGCAGACAAUUUACUCCAAAACUUGCUAAAUUCUAUAAGGAGGUUAAAGCCGCCGGCAAAAACCUCGAGAUUGUCUUAGUCUCAAGAGAUCGCGAAGAUGCUGACUUGAAAGAGUAUUUCGUAGAUCACAAUGGAGACUGGCUAGCAAUUCCUUUUGGAGACGAGCGUAUCCCAGAGUAUCUCAAGCAGUUCGAAGUUCCAACAAUCCCUGCAUUUAAGAUCAUCAAAUCUGAUGGUACCAUUGCCGUCGAUAAAGCUCGUUUCGAUGUUCAGGAGAGAGGAAAAGAUGAGGCUCUUACUGUUUUUGAAGAGUGGGAGAAAGCUUCUCAAUAA